UUGACGUUAUAUCUCAUGGACGCAGGCGUACGUUAGUUUGUAACUCUUUCAGUCCACACACACCUCGCAGAAGUGUGAAGAUGGCGUCAGGCUCUGAUCUGCUGUACCAGGUCUUUCUGAAUACAGAGGUGGACGAAAAAGUAGUCUGUGAUCUUGUGGGAUCUCUUGAAUCCGAGCUUGUAAGCUCGGUUCACAUAAACCCUGGGGUUGAGAGUCAGACAGGCACCCAACACAUGGCUAGUACCGGAACAAGGAAUAACGUUAAUGCUAGCUAAUGUCCCGAUCAAACUGGGACUUGUUGAAGAGGUUGCCAAAGCAGGUAUAGUGUUACUACAACGUUGUCUUGCUAACUGUUUCCCCAAGUGUAAGAUAAAACAAACGCCAAUUGUUACUCAGGUAGAACUUGGAAGUUGUCUGGCUUGAACUGUUUCCGCUGCAAAAUCGGGACUGGACGUGCAAGUGUCAUUAGCACAGUUCAGUUUUCAUUUUCGCUAUGGACGCAUCACCGGCUGAGUCGGACUCAUCGACAGAAAAUGACCAAAUCAAGACAAUUGUUGUUAGUGUAAAUGCUGUCUCAAAUCACGUGGAAAAAGGUACAUCGUCAGUAAAAACUUUUAAUGGAAGCAUUAUCUCUCACAGUUCAGGAACCACUUCCUCUCUAACGGGAAAAACUGGUAGCAAAAGCGGCAGUACAGUAGACAGCAAUGAACUAAAAUUGUCAAAUGUGACAAUGCCUCCCACAUCAAAGAGUGUCAUUCAGACUUGUAUUAAACCACUAAAUACUGUUACCUCAUCUUUGGCUGCUGGUUUGGGUGGUGGGCUUACCGGAACGCUUGUGAAGCCGUGUAUGCAAACUGCAGGAUCGUAUACAACUUUGAAUGGGGACAGUUGUACGGAAAAUGUCAAAGCACCGAAUCAACCCUUAACGUCUGCACCAUUAAGGAGCAUUCAAACUCCACUUUUAAACAGUGAUCAGUCACCUAGUUCCUCAGUGCCUGCCAGUGCAGGAUCGCACAUUGUCAAGGCAGAGGCGGUCCAAUCAUCGGUCCAAACAAUCAUAAAGACAGAACCGCAGACUGUUCCAUCCGUUGUUGCAAAUGCGGACAGUUUAAUAACACCGGGGAUAAUCAUCAAGAACUCGUUGCUGCAAAGCACACCAAAGACGUGCACUCCUGUGACAGCAGCUGCUAGCCUGGGCGGAAUCAGAACCGUAGCGCCACAGGUGUUAGCCCCAAGCAUCUCCCAGACAUCCCCGAAUCAGCCCAACUUACAGAACAUCCAGCUGCCCCCAGGUAUGGUCCUGGUGCGCAGUGACACUGGGCAGCUGCUGAUGAUCCACCAACAGAUCCUGUCUCAGAUGCAGACGUCUCGCCUUGCCUCCCCCACAAGCACACCACAGGUCCAAAUCACCUCAGUCCAGACCCCUGGUACCUCCAUCCUGCCCAGACAGGUGACCCCCACCAGACAGGUGACCCCCACCACCAUCAAGCAGGAGUCUCCUGCCCUCACCUCUGCCCCUGUCACCAUCACACUUCAGAGACCCCAGGUUUUACAGAGCCCUAUAGCUCAGGCACUACCAGGCACAUCCCAACAGACAGUCAGCCCAUCCACUGGGACCACUGUCACCUUGGCAACGGAAACCAUGGAGAACGUGAAAAAAUGCAAGAACUUUCUCUCGACUUUAAUCAAACUGGCAUCCAGCGGGAAGCAGUCUUCACAGACAGCGGAAAACGUCAAAGACCUGGUCAAAGACCUGCUGGAUGGCAAGAUUGAACCAGAGGACUUCACCAGUAAGCUGUACAAAGAGCUCAGCUCCUCACCUCAGCCUUACCUUGUGCCUUUUCUCAAGAGAAGCCUUCCAGCCCUGAGGCAGCUCACCCCAGACUCAGCUACAUUCAUCCAGCAGAGCCAGCAGCCAGCUCCUAUGGUGGGCCUCGGCAGCCCAGCUCUAAUGCCUGCUGCCUCAGCCUCCAGAUCCCACCUCCACCCUGUCACCAGCAAACAGGGACACCCAGCAUCACUGGUGCAGCAGGGGACCAUAGUAAGGCCUCCCCAGGUUACCCUGGCAACAACCUCCAUGGUAUCGCUGAGGGGUCAGGCCCCCAGUGGCUUAAUACUGGGGCAGUCACAGGUGCAGUUUAAACAGCUGCAGCAAGUCCCCAUGGCAAGGCCUGGUUUGAUACCUGGCUUUAAAACCAUAUCUGGCCCUGCUUCCCUGGCCACUGCAGCCCACACGAAUAAGCUGAGAGGGACCUGUGCAGGCACCUACAGGGAGGAGGAUGACAUCAAUGAUGUGGCGUCCAUGGCCGGGGUAAACCUGUCUGAGGAGAGCGCUCGGAUCCUAGCAACCAACUCUGCGCUGGUGGGGGCAGUGACGCGCUCCUGUAAGGAUGAGGCAUUCCUCCAUAGCUCCACUCUGGAGAGGAGAAUCCUGGAGAUAGGCCAGAGAUGUGGGGUAGGAGAGCUGGGCCCAGAGGUGGUGACCUUCUUGUCCCAUGCCACCGAACAGAGGCUCCGAAACCUGCUGGAGCGGGUCACUGAGGUGGCUCAGCACAAAAACAUCCGUUUCAAGGAGGAUAGUCGGUACGAGCAGAGAAGCGAUGCGAGGGCCCAGCUCAAGUUCUUUGAGCACCUGGACCAGGUGGAGAAGCAGAGGAAAGAAGAGCAGGAGAGAGAGAUCCUGAUGAAGGCUGCAAAGUCUCGAGCUCGACAAGAAGACCCGGAGCAGCUGCGACUGAAACAGAAGGCCAAAGAGAUGCAGCAGCAGGAGCUAGCUCAGAUGAGACAGAGGGAGGCCAACCUUACUGCUCUGGCAGCCAUCGGCUCCAGGAAGAAGAGGAAGCCCGGCUCUGCAGCCUCUCCUGCUGGAGCAGAUGGUUCGGGGUUCAGUCCUUCUGUGUCAGGGAGUCCAGGUUCGGCGGCGUCCAGGCAGUUCAGCCGUCAGCGCAUCACCAGGGUGAACCUCAGGGACCUGCUCUUCUGCCUGGAGAACGAGAGAGAGAGCAAUCGCUCCCAGCUCAUCUACAAAGGCUUCCUAAAGUGAAGAGACUAAAGAGAGAGAAAGAGUGAGGGAGAUCCUCCUGGGUGGGAAGAGUCCUUCCUCUCUCACUUCAGAAUGUUCCUCAGAUAGUCUUUUGACUUUCAUCUCCACCGAGAGAUGGAUAAAGAGACUCCUCAGUGACUGAAUACCUUUUGAAUUUCAGUUGUUUUCAUCCUACCUUCAAAUGUAACUCAAUGAUCCAGGCGGCUCCUCUGACUACCAUGUAGGCCAUUGUUCUUUUUCAAGUCUAAGACACGACUUUCCUAGACAUACUCUUGUUUUACUUGUAUGGAUUUUCACUUAUUGUAACAGGCACACCUGGUGGCCCCUUUUAAUGAUCUUAAGUAUAAUACUUUGAAGGUGGUUUUUAAUGUUUUGACCAAUCACAUACAGUAUAUGACACUGUAGGGUAAAAAGUCAAUUCUGUUUAGUGUAUGAAAUGAAAUCAUACAAAUAGUUUUAACCAAAUUUUACUAUAGUUAUCUAGCAGGAUUUUUAAUUAGCAUCAACCUAGUCAGUGUGAAUAACAACAAAAUAGGCCAUCUACUGUAUUUGUAUAUGAUUCUUAUGAACAUUAAAAGUAAGACGUCAGAUAAUUAUAAUCUUGCAAUAUACUUAUUGCAAUAACACUGAGUUUGGUUGCACUAUGCUUUAAUUCCCUGUCUAGUAUGUUUUUUAAUCAGUUUAUACAUAUUUUCUUUCCAAGUAUGGAAAUCUAUAUUUUUGUGUGUGCCAUUUUGUAGCAACAAAUUGAUAACAGGAUAUAUAAUUGGUGUUUUUGUUGAUUUCAUGCUUUUAUUCUUGCACUUGCACUGAGGGAUUCAAUUUCAAAAAUGAUGUUCCCUGAUCUGACAUAAGGCUUUGUGGGGUUCUGUACAGCAUGCCUAGUGAUUUGGGUUGGGAUUUAAGGAAUGUAUUAUUGCACCAACAAUCUACAAUACAAGCCCUUUUAGACAUGCAACAUUUGUACUUUUUUAUACCAAGGUUCUUGACAAUCGAUGACAUGACAGUUAUAAUUGUCAAUGUCUCUUAUACAGCCUGUGCACCCAAUGUCUUCCUAUUGGUGAAUUUCUGCCAGCAUGUUUGUCUCACAGAGAAAUUCCAUGGAUAAUCUGAGAAUGGUUUCUUGUACAUUUUGCACAGAUUUUUGUCCAUAUGUAAAUGUUUUUAUAUAGGUCUGAAUAAAUGAUUUUAAUAUA